AGAGUGGGGAUCCACACAGGACCAGUCUUAGCAGGUGUGGUGGGAGACAAGAUGCCGCGGUACUGUUUGUUCGGUGACACUGUGAACACGGCUUCUAGGAUGGAGAGUCACGGGCUUCCCAAUAAAGUGCACCUCAGCCCCACGGCCUACAGAGCUCUGGAGAAUGAAGGGUUUGAAAUAGUUGAGAGGGGCGAAAUCGAAGUGAAAGGGAAAGGGAAAAUGACCACCUACUUUCUGAUCUGGAACCUGCAUGCCUCGGAGGACGAGAUCAUGGGCAGACCUCACAGCCGGCUUGAUCGCAAGGAAGCAAGUACUCAAGGACGUCAAGACAGAGCAGCUGUUACCAUCAUGCAGUACAAGGACAGUAGGCAGCUGUCCCUGAAGAGUGACACAGCAGAUGCUUCUGAUGAAAUGACACCUGAAGGGAGUUCAGAGGCAGGACAGGACUCCGUGGAGGCAGCUGACAGACAGCGGUCUUCAGAUCAGACAGAGACACCUCACUUUCCUAAUGACGUUCUGCCGUCUGGUUUCUGUGCUCUGGGUGAAUGGCUUCCAUGCUCUCAUUGCUAGGGUUCCACUGAAUCUUCGCUUCUGAGCAAAAGCCCCAGUGGCCAGCUUCAGAG